GACAUCUGCGUAAGCGGUUGCGUGACGUCACAGCGCCGCCUGUCGGUCCAGAGAGCGUUAGCUGCAGUUAGCAUGCAACCUGUUUACUUUUAACGCGACCACAAAACUUGAUAACAUGUUCAUAAAGAUCAUGCAAUAUGUCACAGGAUGUGAAGGAUGUGAGCGUGUAUUUCCGUCCACUGCUGGAGGUCAGAGACGUGGUUCUCCUCACACACAGCGUCCUGCAGGAGUUUCCUAGCAGAGUCCUGCCCGAAUUCAAACCCUGGUUCCCCUCUGCAUCUGACCUCCACAAACCCAUCAGACCCCUCAAACCUGCUCCUCAGAUCUCCUCCUCUGAUCUGCAGAACAUCACGGUCCAUCUGGAGGAACCUGCGGACGCUUCAGAUGCCGCAGAUCAGAGGAAACCCGCUGAGAGCGAAGCAAAGAGAUUCAGGCGCUCGUGGUGCGUGAUCACGGACAGAAGCACUCCGCUGAAGAUCACACACUCCUUCUCACGACUGUUUCGCAAGACCAUCGAGAAACACGGUCUGCAUCUCCAUCAGAGAGUCAAAUGGGUUGUGUGUGAGAGAAACUGUGGCGCUCGCUGCAUGGAGGAGCUUUGGCUGGAUCUGAACCGAGCCAUCAGACACUCACGACUGCCCACGUGCAACGCCAACUACCAGAGAGCGCUGGCUCAGAUCUGGCUUUACUGCGACGUCUUUUACUCCGAAUAUAUUGGGAACUUCUUAAAGCAGGAGUUCCAGCUCUCAGGACAGAUCACCUUAACGGGCCAUAAACUUGGAGACAUCGUUAAGUUAUAGCUGUGAAAUGAUUUGUAUUUAUUUUUAGGUGUAAAUGAACUUGACAUUUUUCUAUGAAAUGAAUUUAACACACGUAUUAAAAGGUGCCGUGGAUUUCA